CACUGCUUACCGGCACAGCUGUUUGGACACUGGCAAAGAGUCGGUGACAAAAUCCAUUGUCUUUUUGUUUUACUGUUGUUUUGUCUCUCCGCGUUUGAGCAAAUGACUGUCUCUUUCCUUACUAUGUAAUCCUUCCCUUUCCAUGGUAACCAGUAUUCAAAUCAGAAAAGGAUUGUCAAAAAGUAAUAAAAAAACCCCAAUCCAUACUAUUCCGGAAUUGCUGACCUGUUGUCCACACUGAUCUUCCUGUGUGCCACACUAUAAAUAAAACUCAAGACUGUCUUUCAUUGCUCGUCACCUACAUUUCUCAACUCAAUUCAACGCGAAAUGGCACUCUUUCUGUGCUUGUUGUUCCUCCUCGUUUCUUCUGCUACUGCUUGUGAUCGCUGCGUGCACCAGUCCAAGGCUGCUUAUUUCUCCAAAGCCUCUGCACUUUCAUCUGGAGCUUGUGGAUAUGGUUCCUUGGCAUUAGGCUUAAGCGGUGGACACCUUGCAGCUGGUGUGUCUUCUCUGUACAAAGAUGGAGCUGGUUGUGGUGCCUGCUUUCAGAUAAGGUGCAUAAAUUCAACUCUGUGCAGCAGCAAAGGGACUAGGGUGACACUAACUGAUCUCAAUCACAACAAUCAAACAGACUUUGUUCUUAGCAGCAGAGCUUUCAUGGCCAUGGCUAACCAAGGCGUGGGCCAAGACAUUUUGAAACUUGGGAUUGUCGACGUUGAAUAUAAAAGGAUACCUUGUGAAUACAAAAACCAGAACUUAGCUGUUAGAGUUGAAGAAUCAAGCCAAAAACCAAAUUACUUGGCUAUUAAAUUGCUAUACCAGGGUGGUCAGACAGAGAUAGUAGGCAUGGAUGUGGCUCAGGUUGGUUCUUCAAACUGGAAUUUCAUGAGCAGGAAUUAUGGAGCAGUGUGGGACACAAGCAGAGUUCCAACUGGUGCCCUGCAAUUUAGAUUUGUGGUGACAUCUGGGUUUGAUGGCAAGUGGAUUUGGGCAAAGAGCGUGCUCCCAGCUGACUGGAAAACUGGCGUUAUAUAUGAUUCUGGUGUUCAAAUCACUGACAUUGCAAAAGAAGGUUGCUCUCCUUGUGAUGAUGGGAGUUGGAGAUGAGAGGGUCUUGCUUGGCCAAUCUUGUGUGGAUACACAUAUUUAUAGUGAAUUUGAAUAAUUUAGAAGAUUAAAAAAAAUGAAUAUAUAGUGGUUUUUUUCUCGUUGUUAUUUCCUAGGUUUGCUCUUGAAGAUGUCUAACAUAUUUUUUUUCCUACUCUACCAUAAUAAAAUGCUCCUUUUUUUCUUUCUUUCU